GAUUGCGCGAGGAGGAGCACAGCGCCGCGGCUUUUGAGCGCCGCUGUUUCGAUCGGGAUGGGAGCCACGGGCUCCAAGCUCGAGAAGGCGCUGGGCGAUCAGUUCCCGGAGGGCGAGCGCUAUUUCGGCCUGGAGAAUUUCGGCAAUACUUGCUACUGCAAUAGCGUAUUACAGGCAUUGUACUUUUGCAUCCCAUUCAGGGACCAGCUGCUGGAUUACUACGGUCGAAUCAAGACGGUCGGAGAAGCCGAAGAGAAUUUACUGACUUGCUUAGCGGAUCUCUUCACACAGGUAUCUCGCUCAAUCUGUUCCCAAGGUGAUGUUUCAAUCCUCCCUUUCCAGAUAAACUCUCAAAAGAAGAAGACGGGUGUUAUAGCUCCAAAGAGAUUCGUGCAGAGGGUAAAGAAGCAGCACGAGCUCUUCCGGAGCUACAUGCACCAGGACGCACACGAGUUUCUAAACUUUUUGCUGAAUCAACUAGUUGAAACUCUGGAGAAGGAGGCCAAGUCGGACCCGACAGCCCCAGCAUCCCCAGAGAAAAAGUCUAGCGAUAAUGGAGCAACUGGAGAAGAGCAUCCGCUUACGUGGGUCCACAAAAUCUUCCAGGGGUGUCUCACCAACGAGACGAGGUGCCUGCGCUGCGAGACGAUAACAGCAAAGGACGAGAAGUUCCUCGAUCUCAGCCUCGACAUCGAGCAGAACAGCUCCGUCACAAGCUGCCUCCGCAACUUCAGCUCCACCGAGACGCUCAUCGCCGAUGACAAGUUCUUUUGCGACAAAUGCUGCAGCUUGCAGGAAGCGCAAAAGCGGAUGAAGAUCAAGACGCAGCCUCGCAUCCUCGCGCUCCACCUCAAGCGCUUCAAGUACAUGGAACAGCUGGGCCGAUACAAGAAGCUCUCGUACAGGGUGGUGUUCCCGCUGGAGCUGAAGCUGUGCAACACGGCCGAGGAUGCUCCGGGGUCCGAGUCGGAGUACUCGCUGUUCGCAGUGGUGGUGCACGUAGGGAGCGGCCCCAACCACGGCCACUACGUGAGCCUGGUCAAGAGCCACAACCACUGGCUGUUCUUCGACGACGAGAACGUAGAGAUGAUCGACGAGAGUUAUGUGCAGACGUUCUUCGGCUCCACGCAGGAGUACUCCAACAACACAGACCACGGCUACAUCCUCUUCUACGAGUGCCUGGAUCCCGCAAAGGCAUCGUGAAAAUUUUUUUCUCUCGCUUUUCUUCCUUCUUUUUUGGUUUCAAGAUGAUGACGAUGAUGGUAUGUCCAAAGCUAUUCCAUGUUUUUGAUCGCUAACAAUGCCGAGUACGACCGUUGACUUAUUUCGCUUGGGAGACUAAAA